GCUCCCACACUCCGCUGAUGAAUUCGCUCGGCGUCUCCGCAGGGGCGGGAGACGCAGCGAGGUGGGGACGCGCCGCAGCUGAUUCCCAUUACCCCGGGUGGAGCGGGAGGAGCAGGAGAGGAGAGUGGGUAGAGAGCGAGCGAGAGAGAGAUACGGCUGGAGAGAGGAGGAGUGAGGAGGUGGAAGAGCGAGCAAGAGUGGUUCAAGCUGGCGUGAGGAGCGUCUGAAGGAGUUAGAUAGUGAGGAGGUGCAGGAGUGAGGAGGUGCUGAUGGCGAUGAUGUGGAGGAGGAGGAGACUCGGGUUGAUUCUCUGGUUCCUGAUCCAACUUCUGCCGCGCGCUAUCAGCGAAACCAAACUGCUGAGCGGGCAGCUGAUCUGCGCUGGGGGCGAGAGUGGUGCCUGCUACAAGUUCGCCUUCUUCCAGGAGGCGUCUCGCCGCGUGGGCCACGAGGAGGCCGCUGCCGCGUGCUCGCUGCAGGGAGCGGCGCUGCUCAGCGUGGAGUCCCCGUCGGAGCAGCGCCUCGUCGAGUCCCUGCUGGGGUCCCUCGCCGCCUCCUCGGGGCUCGCCGACGGCGACUUCUGGCUCGGCCUGAGGAGGGACCCCAGCGGCGGCGGGGGUCCGGCGGCGUGCGCUGAGCUGUACGCGUGGAGCGACGGCAGCGGCUCCACGUUCCGGAACUGGUACCCGGACGAGCCGUCGUGUGGCGGCGAGGCCUGUGUCGUGAUGUACUUCCAGCCGUCGGCUCCCGCGGGCUACGGGGGGCCCUACAUGCACCGCUGGAACGACGACAGCUGCACAAUGAAGAACAACUUCAUCUGCAAGUUCCCGCCGCUCGUGGGAGUGGGUGAGGAGGAGGCCCCAGGCAGCAGGAGGAAUGCGUCGGACGGAGCGGAGCACGUGCUGCUCACAGAGACAUCUGGCGAGUCCCUGCACGCCGUCUACGUGGCCAUCCCGGCCAUCCCGCUGCUGCUGCUGCUCGUCGUGGCGCUGGGCCUGCUGUGCUCGCGCUCCUGCGGCUCCCCCCCGGCUCACGACGGCAACCAGAACCAGGUGAAGGCACAAGAUCUGUGGAUCCCAGCGGCCAGAUUCCGCACCCAAGAAGUUUGAGGUCCCACCAACUUGUAAAAUUUACCUCCCGUACCCCCCCACCACCACCAACCUUGUGAGGUUAAAGACUACCACCCCCCCCUCCGCCCCCACCCCAACCUCGCCGAAACUCUCGCUCACAAUCCCACAGAGGAACAAACUCGACAGGUCCUUUGGUAACGGUUUAGCCAGUGGUAUUCUUGCAGCGUCUGUUUGUGUUUCUGCCCUUGCGAUGGUGACUUUGUAGGAUGAACGUUGAGGUUUAUAAGGGGCACGGGGUGACCAAUAAGGUCUGAACUGGUCUGUAAGGCACUGAUAAGGGGUUGACAGGU